AUGAGCAGUCGGCCCCUUGUGAUUGUCCUUGGGAUGCCCAAGACCGGGACAGAGUCCAUCGCAAAGUUCUUCACCUGCAAUAAAUGGAAGUCAUCGCACUGGACAUGCCCCGGUCACGGGUAUUGUGGCCAAUGUCUCCUGCGUUGGGUCGCGGCAGUGGCAGGGAGUUCUAUCGCGGAUGGAGCGGACCUGCUGCGAGAGGCUUGCGGUGAUUUCGACGUGUUCAGCCAAAUAGACUAUGAGCCGUCUGGGGCGUGCCUCUUCCCCCAGGUGACUUACCUCCCCACGCUGCUGCGCUACCUUCCCAACGCCUACUUUGUACUCAACACGCGGCCGACUGCUCAUUGGCUGUCGAGUGCCGCGCAGUGGGGCAAUAUGCUGGAGCGGCUGACUCAGGCAUGCCCCAUAAAUCCACGCAACUCAACUGGCCUUGGGCAGUGGUACGAAGCGAUAUUGUCCGCGCAUCGCAAGCCCUGCGCAAUGCAGAUGUCCGUCACAUUGAUUGAGGUUAACCUUGAAAAUGCGACCGUCCCCAUGGGCAAAGUGUCGAAUGCUGGCGGCCCAACACUCUCGAACGCCAGCUUCUUGGCCCCGCCCUGA